GGAGCCUGGUCCGGGACACGGGUCUUCGGGUUUACGACGCAAGAGAAAGAGAAAAGAAGAAGAAAAAAAAAAAGCAAAAAGCAAAAACGGAUGGUCAAAUCGCAUCUCGGACUCGGAUCGCGAAGGAGUCAGUAGUAGCAAGUAACACAAAGGCCUUCGGUCCGAAUGCCGAAAACAUCACAGUCGCCAGAACUUACCGGAAUCUUCAAGUUUUUUUCAAAGGCUGGAUCGCCGAAGAGGUCUCCCAGAAGUGUCAUGAUAGGCUUUGCAGGAGUCUCUGCUCUGGCCCUGGGCGCAUUCAUACUGGGGAAGCGGUCGAUGGCGAGGAGGAAGAAAAUGGAGCUGCAGUGUUAUAGGGAUUCGAUUGAAAAGGGGGAGCGAGAAAGAAAUACUACUGAGGUCCCUAGUACACCAGCUGGAUAGAUACAACGCUUUACCCAGUAUUCAAAAAAUCUUGAUUUCUCCCCGUUCUUCUUUCCCUUC